AUGCCCGAACUUAAGGCAGAAUUGCGCGUCGUUAACGACGUGUUCUGGGUCAGACUGUGUACCAUGAGUGACUUGGGCUUCGCGGAGGCGUACAUGUAUGGUGAUGUUGAAUGCGAUGAUCUGGUGUCCGUAUUUAUGAUGUUCAUCUAUAACCGUGAAAAUCUCGCCUCCAUGACCUCUAGAGCAUCGUACCUCUUCAGCAUCCCACAAAAGCUGACGUCUUACCGCUUCGUCAACACCAUUGGUAAUUCGCGAUCGAAUAUCUCGGCACACUAUGAUAUCAGCAAUGAGAUGUUCAUGGGCAUGUUCUCCGAUAUGACAUAUUCAUGUGCAAUAUUUGACGACCUCGAUGCCGUCGGCGAUGUUCAGCCAGACCCUCUGCACGUUGCCCAACUACGGAAACUAAAUCAUAUUAUCCGGAAAGCCCACAUUCUGCCGGGCCAAAACAUUCUAGAGAUUGGAAGUGGUUGGGGAUCCAUGGCUAUCCUCAUCGCUCGGACCAUCCCAGGGACUACUGUUCAUACAUUGACUCUGUCGGUGCACCAGCGUGAACUGCUGCUCACCCGGUUGAAGGAGGCUGGCGUCGAAGAUGGGCGAGUGCAAGUUCAUUUAAUGGACUACAGGGAGGUCAAGAAACGGGCCGACUGGAGAGGCGCGUUCGAUAGAGUUAUAAGCAUCGAAAUGGUGGAAGCAGUCGGGGGAGAAUAUUUGGAAGACUACUGGGGUGUGAUCGACUGGGCGAUGAAACCGAGGACAGGCGCCGGUGUGAUACAGGGGAUUACAUUGCCCGAGUCCAUUUUCCCGGGAGGGCUCCUGCCGACUGUCUCCCUGCUCGUCGAGUCCAUGAGGAAAGGAUCUAACGGCAGACUUAUAGUAGAUUCGGUUUCAAACAUCGGGCCUCAUUAUGCGCGCACGCUGCGCGAAUGGCGGCGCCGGUUCCUUGAAAGAUUCGACGAUGUCAUUGUGCCCGCUUUGGUGAAGGAGUACCCCGCCGUCAUGGGUGGCCAGAGAGGAAGGAGCGAAAUAGAAGUGUUCAAGAGGAAAUGGAUAUGUGAUUGCUACUGUGAGGUUGGCUUCACGACAAGGACGUUAGGAGGCGAGUGCUGA